CACAGCUUGUUGGACGAGCAGCAUAUAAUGAUGUCACGGCACACACACUCAAAAAGAAUUGAAGGACUGGACAAGAAUGUCUGGGUGGCGUUUACUUCAGUGGCAGCGGAUCCAUCAAUUGUUAACCUGGGCCAAGGCUUUCCAGACAUCCCUCCACCUUCUUACGUCAAGGAGGCCCUGGCAGAGGCUGCAUCAGUGGACAGGAUGAACCAGUACACCAGAGGCUUUGGUCAUCCCUCUUUGGUGAAGGCCCUCUCUCAGGUUUAUGGGAAGGUCUGUGGCCGCCAGAUUGACCCCUUCAAAGAAAUUCUGGUCACAGUAGGAGGUUAUGGUUCCUUAUUCAGCUCCAUACAAGCCCUGGUGGAAGAGGGAGAUGAGGUUAUCAUAAUAGAACCUUUCUUUGAUUGCUAUGUACCAAUGGUGCGAAUGGCAGGGGCCAAGCCUGUGUUGAUACCGUUACGCCUUAAGUCUGGAAAGAAGAGAAUAACAAGUGCAGACUGGUUUCUUGACCCAGAUGAGCUUUCCAGUAAAUUCAACUCUAAGACAAAGGCCAUCAUCAUCAACACCCCCAACAAUCCUAUUGGGAAGGUUUUGACCAGAGAUGAGCUGCAGAUGAUUGCUGACCUCUGUAUCAAACACGACACUCUCUGCUUCAGUGAUGAGGUUUAUGAGUGGCUCCUCUACGGGGGACACCAACAUAUCAAAAUUUCCACUCUGCCAGGAAUGUGGGAUAGAACAAUCACCAUUGGCAGUGCAGGGAAAACAUUUAGUGUUACUGGAUGGAAGCUUGGUUGGUCUAUAGGACCGGAGCACUUGAUAAAGCAUCUUCAGACCGUCAUGCAGAAUACUCUGUACACCUGCCCAACACCUUUACAGGAGGCUGUAGCACAAGGCUUGCUCCGGAACUUUGAACUGAUGGGUCAACCAGAGUGCUACUUCUCCUCGCUGGCAGAAGAACUUGAGGGCAAGAGGGACCGCAUGGCUGCCAUCCUGCAGGAGGCCGGUAUGACUCCUAUCAUACCAGAGGGAGGCUACUUCAUGCUUGUGGACGUCACAUCUCUCAAUCAGGACCUGUCACAUAUGGACGAUGACGACGCCUAUGACUACAAGUUUGUGAAGUGGAUGAUUAAAGAAAAGAAACUGGCAGCCAUUCCAGUCACUGCGUUUGUUGGAGAGGAGUCCAAGAAGCAGUUUGAGAAAUACAUUCGCCUUUGCUUCAUUAAGCAAGACAGUACCCUUGAUGCAGCAGAGAACAUCUUGAAAAACUGGAGGAAGAUUUAAUGGGAUGCAGUGACUGAAGACUUCCGCAUAAUUUCAGGGAGGAAGAACAACUCUAUGCUCUAACUGAAGGAACGGGACUUGACGGCAAAAUAGCGCACAAACUGGAAGUUGGUAACAGUGAACAGUUAAUAGCAAAAUGUUUAUCUAUUCUUUAAAGUGCAAUGUGCACUAUGUUGUAACAACACUUUGUACCUCAAGGGACGGUAGUCCGAUAAUACAGCUCAGGUCUCCCCCGUAAUUUCAGCUGGGAGACGUGUGCGAGCAGCUACUUUACUAUCUUAACUUAGUUUUUUUUUGUCUAAUAAAUAAACAAAAUUAACUUAAAAAGAAAGGCACACAUUACACCAUUAGCCUAUACCCCGUUUUAAAGUAGAUAAUUAAUCUGAUAAAUCACGCAAGGUGCGAUGUGAGCAGACACAGUAGUACAGUUUAGUAUUAGUUAAUAUUUGCAAAGAAGUUUAACAUACGGACGCACAGCAGAUAGGUAAACAAGGUAUUGCUUUGACUGAACCUUUCUACUGUAACUGUGCGCUGUCUUUAAUUUUUUCCAAUAAAUUGUAAAACCCAGACAGGUCCUGGGUUGGACUGCUUUGUGACCAGUGGCUUCCAUUUUUGUCUUUGGAAAACCUCCAUUGUAAGAAACCACAAAUGAUGGAGAUAUUUGUUGUGUCAAGAACUGCAUUGCAGUAAAAGUCCUCCUAAACACUUAA